GACGAUGACAAUGGCGGGAAGAAGGGUCCUGAAGGCCGUGAUGGCAGCGAAGGAAAGAAGCCGCUACCAAGGUCACAACGCUUCAGCCAAGGCUUCAAAAACAACACCUCGGAUCGAAAACAAAUACACACUGCCUUGUCCUCCUGAACCCCCGUCUGUGGAAGGAGUCCUGAACUGGUUGGAUCAUGUGGAAGAUCUGGGAUCUUUUGCAAAGGCAAUCACGCCCAUUUCGCCACUGGAAUCUGAAAACUUAAAACAAGAAGAAAAAUCAUGGACCAACAGGUGGUGGAACACAAAAAUGGCGAGUCUGCGCUUGGUCCGCAAAAGACUGCAGCUGCCGUUACAUUAA